AGAGAUGAUUUUUCCGAUAAUUCAUCAGUAAGAACUUUCUAUUUCCGGGUGAACUCACGGCCCCGAAGUUUUUGAGCCGGUUGUAGGCUGUAGAUGAGGGAGAGCGUUGCCGUUUAGAGCACUGUUGCUAGAGCUGAUACACAGGGAGGGGAAUAGGAGGCGGACGGAAAAAAAUAAGAGCAGCUAAGUAGUGCGUGUCCGUGGUGUGCACCUUCUGAAAAACAGGAAGCGACGCCUAUCUGCCCACCUGCGCUAGGCAUUGUCCUGCGUGGAAGACACGGGGCUUACGGACUCUGAAGCGUAACUCAGAUUUGAAACCAAACUCUUCAGUGUUCUGGAUCCUUUUGAGCAGGAAAACGAGACUAUUUUCCCGAACGUAUGUUCAGUAUUCUACAAUUGAAAGCAGAAGAGUACCCCAAGAUGCAGUGUCCCUUCAGCACCCCAGACUCUCCCAGCAUGCAGCAGAGCCACGGGAAAUAAGAGACUCCAGGAGAGAACAAGUAAGCUCCUUCUGGUCAGGCUGGCUGGCUCUUCCUGCCAUGCCUCCCGCCAUGACCGACCUCCUGGACAUGUGGGCGGCCCACUCCCAGCUGGCGUCGUCCGGAGAGGACCUGGUCACUGUCGACUUCCUGCUGCCCACCGGCAUCUACAUCCAGAUGGGGGUGCCACGCGAGGCCACCAUUCAACACAUCAAACUGCUCCUAUGGAAGCAGGCCCAGACCUACCCCCUGUUCCCGUCGCUGGGGGAGAUGGAGGGCCACAUGUUCGAGUGCGUCAACCAGGCGGCGGUGCAUGAGGAGCUGGAGGACGAGAGCCGGCGGCUGUGCGACGUGCGGCCCUUCCUGCCCGUGCUGCGGCUGGUGACGCGCAGCUGCGGCCGCGCCGAGCGCCUGCUGGACUCCAAGAUCGGCGUGCUCAUCGGCAAGGGCCUCCACGAGCUGGACGCCCUGCAGGACCAGGAGGUGAAGGACUUCCGCAGCAAGAUGUUCCGCAUCAGCGAGGAGAAGAUGCAGCAGGUGCAGAUGAUGACCUGGAGCGAGUGGCUGCAGGCCUGCUUCUCCCCCCAGCUGGAGCAGCACGGGGCCGGAGCCGGGGCCGGGGGGGCCAACGGGCUGGGAGACAAGCAGCAAGCCGUCGACGCCGGCCUCAAAGUCACCAUCCACUUUGACCAGUCCCAGGACACGGCCAGUCUGAAGGUGCCGUCGUCGACCACGCCCAAGGAGAUGGUGGAGCAGGCCCUGAGGAAGUGGCUGAGCACCCACGGGCCCGGCAUGGACCCCCAGGAGCAGCUGGACACGGACGAGGGCCAGUUUGUCCUGAGGGUCAGCGGCAAGCUGGAGUUCCUGUGUGGAGACCAUCCCCUGGUCAACUACAAGUACAUCCGCACGUGCGCCCAGACGAAGGAGUGCCCCCACCUAACCCUGGUGCACGUCAGCUCCGUCCAGGCCAUGUUCGACAAGGAGCUGUCCGCCAUAGGAGCCGUGGUCAACCGCAAGGGCUCCAACCCCCCCGUGCCCCUGCCCCCCAAGAAGAGGGCCGUCUCGCAGCUGCACACGUGUGUCUGGGACGUGCCUUCGCCCUUCAAGAUCGUCCUGCUCAAGGGCAGCAAGGUGAAUGCCGAGGAGACCGCCAAGGUCCAGGUGCGCGCCGGCCUGUUCCACGGCACCGAGUUGCUGUGCAAGCCGGCCGUGAGCAGCGAGAGCGGCGGGCGCUCGGAGCACGUGUGGAGCGGCACGCUGGAGUUCGACAUCGCCGUGAGCGACCUGCCGCGCAUGGCCCGCCUCUGCUUCGCCGUCUACGCCGUCAUGGACAAGGUCAAGAAGCAGAAGUCCACCAAGAACGCCCACCCCAACAAGUACCAGACCAUCCGCAAGGCCGGCAAAGUGCACUACCCCGUGGCCUGGGUCAACACCAUGGUGUUUGACUAUAAAGGACAGCUGAAGACGGGAGACAUCAUCCUGCACAGCUGGUCCUCAUUUCCUGAUGAACUUGAAGAGAUGCUGAACCCCAUAGGGACUAUCCAGACCAACCCCUAUACGGAAAACGCCACAGCGCUCCAUAUCAAUUUCCCAGAGUACUGUGCACACCCCAUUGUGUUCCCUCCCUUUGACAAGAUACUAGAGAAAGCUGCCGAUAUCGCCGGAUCCAGUGACUGCUCACCAAUGGGUCGCGGAGGGAAGAAGUUCCACAUCGAGCUGAAGGAGAUCAUGGAGCGCGACCCGCUGUCCCAGCUGUGCGAGAACGAGAAGGACCUGAUCUGGACCCUGCGCUACGACUGCAUGGAGAACUUCCCCCAGUCGCUGCCCAAGCUGCUGCUCUCAGUCAAGUGGAGCAAGCACGAGGACAUGGCUCAGCUGCAGGCCCUGCUCCAGAUCUGGCCCAAGCUGAGUCCUCGGGAUGCUCUGGAGUUGCUGGACUUCAACUAUCCUGACCAGUACGUCCGGGAGUACGCUGUGGCCUGCCUGAGAGAGAUGAGUGACGAGGAGCUGUCUCAGUACCUGCUCCAGCUGGUGCAGGUGUUGAGGUACGAGCCCUACUACGACUGUGCGCUCACACGCUUCCUGCUGGAGAGAGCCCAGGGCAACCGCAAGAUAGGACACUUCCUCUUCUGGCACCUCAGGUCAGAGAUCCACAUGCCGGCUGUGUGUGUGCAGUUUGCCCUCAUCCUGGAAGCCUACUGUCGAGGCAGCAUCCCUCACAUCGAGGUCCUGAAGAAGCAGGUGGAGGCCCUGAGCAAGCUGAAGUCCGUGAACGAGCUGAUCCGGCUGGGCACCCUCAAGAACGCGCGCAGCAAGACCAAGGAGGCCAUGCUGACCAAGGAGGCCAUGAUGACCUGCCUGAGGCAGAGUGGCUACACGGAGACGCUGUCCGACCUGCACUCCCCGCUCAACCCCAGCAUCCUGCUCUCCGGCAUCAACGUGGAGAAGUGUCGGUACAUGGACUCCAAGAUGAAGCCCCUGUGGAUCGUCUACAACAACAAGCUGCUGGGAGGAGACAGCCUGGGCAUCAUCUACAAGAACGGAGACGAUCUGAGACAAGACAUGUUGACUCUUCAGAUCCUGAGGUUGAUGGACCUUCUAUGGAAAGAAGCAAACCUGGACCUUAGAAUCGUGCCUUACGGUUGCCUGGCGACGGGGGACCGCUCCGGCCUCAUCGAGGUGGUGUCGUCGGCAGAUACCAUCGCCAACAUCCAGCUGACGAGCAGCAACGUGGCGGCGACGGCGGCGUUCAACAAGGACGCCCUGCUCAACUGGCUCAAGGAGAAGAACUCGGGGGACGCUCUGGAGCGAGCCAUUGAAGAGUUCACGCUGUCGUGUGCAGGCUACUGUGUAGCCACUUACGUCCUGGGCAUAGGAGACCGCCACAGUGACAACAUCAUGGUUCGCAGUACAGGCCAGCUCUUCCAUAUAGACUUUGGCCACAUCCUAGGGAACUUCAAGUCCAAGUUUGGGAUAAAGAGGGAGCGUGUUCCCUUCAUCCUCACCCAUGACUUCAUCCAUGUCAUCCAGCAGGGCAAAACGGGCAACACAGAGAAGUUUGGCAGUUUUCGUCAGUACUGUGAGGACGCCUACCUGAUCCUGAGGAGAAACGGGAACCUCUUCAUCACUCUUUUCGCCCUCAUGCUGACGGCCGGCCUGCCUGAGCUCACCUCGGUCAAAGACAUCCAGUACCUGAAGGACUCUCUGGCCCUGGGUAAGACAGACGAGGAGGCCCUCAAACAGUUCCGCCAGAAGUUUGACGAGGCUCUCCGAGAGAGCUGGACCACCAAGGUCAACUGGAUGGCCCAUAACGUCGUCAAGGACAACCGCUCUUAAAGCAGAGAUACCUUGGGGGGAGGGGGGGUGAUGUAAAGAGUGCCACGGUGCUGGAUGAACCCAGAGGGGGGGGAGUGGUUUUGUCCUUGGUAUGCCUGAGGACAAAGAGGACAUCAAGAAGGGAAUCUAGAGGAGGAUUGCGUAUGUGAUCUGAAAAUACACUCUGCAAACGCUGCACACAGAGAUACUGUACAACAUUCAUGCACACACACUUACACACAACUCCCCAUGGCAUGACAUUCUACUCCCUCCACCCCUCAUGGUCACCCGUCUGGCCCCUGCUACUGACCUGUCCACCAAUCCCAUUCCGCUCACUUGGUCACGUAUUAUAUCUCUGGAUUUGAGGUAAAGCUGAUCGCGAGCUUUGCACACACACACACACACACAGCACCCGUGGAACAGCCAGAACAGCCGGUGGAACCGUAGAACCAGGCCCCUCCCUCCCCUCAUCCCCUGCAAAUGGACCGCCCCCGUCCCUCAGUCCAGGGAAAAGGAUGGUCGGAUCCACGAGGAACUGAGAGAAUGGGUACGGGGAGGGGGCGGUCAUGAUUGGACCAAACCCAGGUCGACCAAUCCCAGGCCCCGUGACUGCUUGACUGACAGCACAGACAAAGAGGGGCUGUUGAGGACUGAAGAAGCCGCAUGUCUCACCCAUGUCUUAAAACGGCGCCAAAAUGUGCACACGCCCAGCAGAAGUGCUUCUUAUUGGACGUUCCCUCUCAUGCCUACUGUGGGAAGAUUGUAUUCCGUUUUUCUUUCGUUUCCUUUUCUUGGUUUGCCUUUUUUUUUUUAUGAUUGUAAUGUUUCAGAGAUGUAUGUGCCAGACUACUUUAUGACUGCGUUAAGAAAGAGAGAGUGAUCGUAAGAAGAGAUGGGAUGCUCAUUUAGAGGAAGAAGAAAGAUGAGUGAGCGAGAGCUUAGAGCUCAGUUCUGAGGCUAAAAGGCCAACUGGACAGUAACCACGUGAGCUUUUAUACAGUACAAGAGUGAUAGCAGGAGUGUUUUUAAAGUUAAACAAAAAAACAAUUGUGUUUGUUGAAAAUGUUUGUUUCACUUUUCGGGGUUCCAUUUCUCUAUCGGUUGGAUGCUGAAAAAACGGUUAACCAAACCACGCAGUCUCCAAAGCUUGCCUUGCUUAAAGUUUGUCAGACAUGACUUUGAGAGCACCAAACACCCACUCACACUAUGAAACAACUCACAGACUCAUGCAUAAAAAAAUGCCUUGUUGGACCAAAACAGUUAUUUGGUUUGUAUGUUUUUACUGUGUUUUAAUUCUGUUUCCGAAAUUGAAUGUCAAUGCAAAAAUAAUGUGCCGUUCUCAGUGUGAUUCCUUUGACGUUUUAAAGUCAGCAGGUGUGGCUGGAGUUUCUACAACGUGUGGGAGGGGGUUUGCAAGCAGAGGGCCUGACACUGCGAUUCUAAACUACUUCCUGGUUCUGACAGGAUGCUCCUACAGCAUCUGCAUUUGUGUUUUGUGCAAUAUUCGUACAUGAGUACAUAUGAUAGAUAUAUAUAUAUAUAUAUAUAUAUACAUAUAUAUAAGUAUGAUGAUCCCUGGGGCCCAAAGUCUAUAAUGUUGUCACUGUGGCUUUACUUGUGAUGCUGCUGUAUUUCGCACCGCUAGCCUUCAACAAGUCAACUCAGACACUGGAUUUUGUCAAAUGUACAGGCUUUUAUUGUUUCGCUGGUUUAGUUUUCAUAGGAGUUUUAUUAAAGUUAUUUUCCAUCGAACUGAA